CGCAUUGUCAAUUUUAUAGGUUAUAUUUAUAUUGUUAUAUUUUUGUAGUGUAAUUAACUUUAAUUUUUAUUUGUUUUUGAACGAUUUUUGAGUGUUAGAAACUUAUACAGUGCGUAAUGCCUUGCUGUGUUAUACGUUCCUGCUCUAGCGAUAGUCGUUGGUUUAAAAAAUCGUCUGGAAUAACGUUUCAUAGGUUUCCGAAAAAUCCUGAAAAACGAAAAGCGUGGCUAGAGUUUGUCAACAGGCAUAAAAACUGGAAACCUUCUCAAUUCAGCAGUAUAUGUUCCAAGCAUUUUCUUGAGAAGUACAUUGACCGUACUUCUUUAUGCCUUGUUCGAUUAAGAGAUAAUGCAAUUCCUACACUUCAUCGCUUUCAGUCGACGACCGAGUGCUCCUGUUCCGAAAUGAGUAAAACCUUGACCGUGGAAAAUUUGAAAAUCGUUUCGUUGGAUGUGAAAGAUGUGCGUUUUCCGACGUCUUUGCAAGCAGACGGAUCUGAUGCUAUGCACACAGAUCCCGAUUAUUCCUGUGCUUACGUCACUAUAAAACUGGGAACCGGAUUGGAAGGUUAUGGAUUGACUUUUACGUGUGGUAGAGGUACGGAAGUCAUAGUGGCAGCCGUUGAAUCCAUGAAAAAUCUAGUCAUUGGUCAAGUGGUCACUGACAUCUACAAGGAAUUCGGUGUUUUCUGGAGAUCUCUCACUAGCGAAAGUCAAUUGAGAUGGAUCGGCCCCGAGAAAGGAGUAACAGCACUCGCAACCGCUGCCAUAAUCAACGCCUUGUGGGAUCUGUGGGGCAAACUAGUGAAUAAACCGGUGUGGCAACUUUUAGCCGAUAUGGAACCGGAACAGCUAAUUUCCUGCAUUGACUUCAGGUACCUGUCAAAUGUCAUCACUAAGGAGGAAGCCUUGGAAUUGUUGAAAAAAGGAAAGGAAGGACGAGAGGAGAGAAUGAACAAGCUGUUGGAGAAGGGAUAUCCUUGCUACACGACACAAGCAGGUUGGUUGGGAUACUCAAACGAAAAAAUUCAACAGUUGGCCCAAAAAUAUAUGGACGCCGGUUUUACGGCUUUCAAAGUAAAAGUGGGAAAGAAUUUAAAAGACGAUGUCAAUAGAUUGGAAUAUAUUAGAAACGUUAUCGGUUGGGAUAAAACUUUGAUGGUAGACGCUAACCAAGUAUGGGAAGUUCAAGAAGCCAUCGACUGGAUGAAAGUACUUGCUCCCUUCAAACCAUUAUGGAUCGAAGAACCCACUUCCCCUGAUGAUGUACUCGGUCAUGCUGAAAUUGCAAAAGCGCUCAAGCCUCUUGGUAUUAAAGUCGCUUCGGGUGAAAUGUGCUGCAACAGGGUCCUUUUCAAGCAGUUCUUGCAGACCGACGCCAUUCAAUACUGUCAAAUCGAUUCGGCCAGAAUCGGGGGAGUCAACGAAAUUUUGCCCGUUUAUUUGAUGGCUCAAAAAUUGGGAGUUAAGGUAGUUCCUCACGCUGGAGGUGUCGGCCUUUGUGAAAUGGUACAGCAUUUGCAAAUGUGGGAUUAUGUAUCUUUAUCUGGUACAUCCGAGGGCAAAUGGGUGGAAUACGUUGACCAACAGCACGAGCACUUCGUCCAUCCGACGGUCAUCGAAAAUGCCCACUACAUGGCCCCAAGAGCUCCUGGAUACAAUACCGAAAUGAAAAAGGAAGCAUUGGAAGGAUACGUUUACCCCAAUGGAAAGGAAUGGGAAAGUAUGUUUGCUAAAGGACUUUUCAGUGAUCCAAGAAAAUCCAAAAAGUAACCAAUGAAAUUAUUUUAAGUCAGUGAAAUAUAUAAUUAUAACAAGUCUUCUGUUUUUGUGAAGAUUUUAAUAAAAACGUAAAUAUUGUA